AUGCCGACCCAUACGCCUUCCCCGCACCGCUUCCUAGCGCCGAAUCCGCCUUCAACACAGAAGGCCAAGAAACCUCAAUCUGGCCUGCGCAAUGCCCUCGCUAUACAGACACCGGCUUCCGCAAAGAAGACUCAACCAAAGCACGAGCUGCAAUUCAAGAAAUUGACGCCUGCGAAGCGCUUUGUCUUUGCGCCGCCUCGGCAGACGCAAGAAGUCACCAAGGAGAGGCACGAUGAGCCGCAAGAAGAUGCAUUCGCGCAUGCUACACCACUCCCGAAGCUACGGAGGAAAUUCGAGAGAGUAGAAAGUAUAGAAGAACCAUCGCAAUCAAGCCAAUCAGAGGCGCAGGAUGAACUACACGGCGAACAUGUUAUGCAAUCCAUCGAAGGCGGGGACACGCAGCUUGGCCGCUGGGACAGACAAGGAGAAGACCAAGAAGACGAUAUGCUCUUUGAAUCCGUCCAAACGAACAAGCGUCGUCGCAUGUCCCCUGCAAGCUCGCCAUCGCUCCAACGACCAUCCGAGCCGUCCACACCGGCCCCCGUAUCCAAUGCGACCACGCACCGCUUCAAAGUCCCGCCGCCACGGACGCCUGCGCCAUUCCCUAGCAUCGCAGCGGUGACUUCCACGCCAGCGAGUGCACCGCAACGUCCCCAUUUCAUACUCCCCGCGCUCCCGACCUCGCCCCCGAAGCCUUCUCGACCGCUGCCUGAGAUCUUCUCUCCUUCACGAAAGAACGGCAAAUACAUACCUAACGGUCUUGCCUCGACCGUCACAACCUGGAUGAUCGAGACGGCAAAUACAGGGUUCGCGGCACAGGAUAGGAGUGGUGCAGCCACUGGUCGUGACAGAGAAGACGGCGUUAAGCUGCGGAUACGGGUCUCGAAUCUCUCGAGAGGCGGGGGUCGAAGCCGUAGCGCAGAAGAAGUAGAGUGCUAUGCAGGUGGCGUCGUCUUUGCAUGCGGCGAUACUGAGGCUGGCAUGUAUAACGCUUCGAGAACGGAGAGUGUGGAUGGAGGACAUACCCCCAUGAGAGUCUUGCUAGCCGGCCAAGGUGGUGCUAGAAGCUCGGGAGGUGUGCUGGUAAAGACUGGCAGUGUUAUCGGUAUCCGCGCACCCAUGUGGGACGUGGACGUUGGCGGGGAGAAGUGGACUGUAGCUGUGGACUGGGUGCUACUUUGA